GAAAGACGGCCAAGUACGCAUUCGACAAUCUCAUCGUUCCAAGCAGUGCACAUAAUUCACCAGACUUCGCUGGACUUAAGAGCUUUGAAGAGGUAGACGAUGGCACAGAGCGAGGAGUCUGCGUCAGUAGUCCUGAGCAAGAUCAGCCGCACACAUCUGGAGUGUGGAAUUUGUCAUGAGAGAUACCAAGUACCAAAAUUCCUAGAAUGUCUCCAUAGUUUUUGCGAGCAUUGCCUCACGACUUACAAGAAUACUGUAGCCGAGGUGUCUGCGAUGAUGCCGUGUCCAGUCUGCAGGAAGAAGACCAAACUGCCCCUAGACGGAGUGGCCGGUUUGAAGACCAACUUCCAUCUGAUGGGAAUGGUCGAGGAUUUCACUCUCCAGGAGAAGCUAACGCGGCAGAAAGGAUUGAAGGUACCUUGCGAUUUGUGUCAGCAUCGGCAAGAGGCGGAUUCCAGGUGCAUGGACUGUCCCUUCUUUCUGUGUGUCAACUGCCGUCUGGUUCACCUUCGCAUCGAAGCUACCACCAACCAUGAAGUCUUGGCACUAGACACCUUACGGUCUGGUAUCAUGAGCCUACGGCCUAAAGUGAAAGAUGACCCGCCUUGCCAGAAACACAGAGGGGAGAAAAAGAGGUUCUUCUGUGAGACCUGCCAAGUGUUGAUCUGCAGAGAUUGCACAGUGGUUGAGCACCGCGAAGCAGAGCACAAGUUCACAACCAUAGAUGAUGCCGCUUCCCGUUUCAGGGAAGCCACUCAGAAGCUGAUCGACAACGUGGAAGAAAGCUGGAGGGCGCAUAAGGAAACCAAAGACGCACUAAACCAGAUGGCUUCUGACUUACAUAGGUCUGCAUCCCUGAGCUAUCAACAGGUGAUUGAUCGGGGGACCAAAGAAGAAAGCAAGAUUGCUGAUUACGAAGCGAACAUCCUAAAGGAUAUCAACCAACGUGAAAAUCUUCGGAAGGUAACAUUUCGAACAAACGGGAUUCGCUUCUUUCAACCGAGCAAAUCAAAAUCAGCUGAAUCACUAAGAACAGGAAAAGAAAUUAAGCAGGAAUACUCCAAAAGCUUAAAAGAGAAGUUCGUCAAAAUUGACAAAGCACUUGAUGAGCUAAGUCUCAAUAUCGAAACGUUACUGAAAACUGAUGGGGAUAUACAUUCCCUCAUUGAAAUUUCGAAAGAAGAAGCCCUAAAGAAAGGCAGCGAUGACCGCUCGAAAGUUGCUGCCGCCAGAGACAAGUUGCUGCUUCAGGUUAGAAGCACAAUCAAUCUGAGACAGCAGACGAUCACAGAACUGAGCAAGAUGACAGAGGGGCAGAUCCUGCGCUUACGCCAUGCAUUGGACACCGCUGGAGAUGUGGUUAAGUCUGCCUAUAAUGUCGACUUUCUUAAUCUUUACUCUGUGAUUGACAGCGAUCUGGAAGACCUUCUUGGGGAGAGCCCUCCUAACCUUCAUCCCGGCUAUCCAAGGAUUGAAUUCAAGAGCAGUGAUGGUACUGGAUUGGGGGAGGUAGUAGUCGGUGCGACGUGGAGGUGGAAGGUAUUCUAUCGGGACCCGAUAGAAUACUGACGUCAUACUCGUGUUAUGUGGGAACAGAGAGCGCGAUAAAGAACAUAACCAUAGCCACCAAUAAAGCAGUGGUAGAGGGUCUAUCCGGCGUCUGGGUUCUAGACAUCACAAACAGAUCAUGGAGAAAGGCAGUGAACCA